AUGAACCCCGCAUCCGGAGACGGUAUCAUCGGAAGCAAAUACCUUGUCCCCCAAGCGUCGAUGAUGACGGUCCAGCCCACGAUGAAUGCGGCAAUGUCAACACUCAGCAAUAGCGUGGGCCGCGACAAGAAACACAAGAUAAUUCUGAACAAAAUACACGAUAUCCUCAAAGCAUUGGAAGCGGAUGAGUUGUCUGGAUCUGAGAUAGUGGAGCACGGGGCGCGAUUGGUGGAGGUCAUGCCUGAAAGCAUAGCUAGCCUUCACAAGACGUUUCCUCGGCCAACUCUUGCUUUUUGCGCAGCGACUGUUGGCCGGCUCUUUGAGGCUAAGCUCGAGCCCACGUUAGAGAGGAGCGACGAAGGGAGCGCCAAAGCGUGGGAGGACAUCAUUUUCCGAGGUUUUAUGGAGCCAAUUCUGAGUAUCGUCGAUUCGGAGGAUCAAGACGUAAGCGUUGUGGGCGAUGUAAUGUGUCAAGUAAUAUGUGGAAUCAUGCGGUCCUCGUGGACCCAGAGCUUUGGUGGACGCUUUGCACGUUCCCUGGCUCUUACACUUUUAUAUACAUGCUCAUCUCCAAGUAACAAGGUGAUGCUACUGGACCCUUCUAUCUUUGGGGUUGAAACGCUCUCAAAGCUCAUCAUUGAUGCAAAAGACUACCUCCAUUUAGACACUCUUCUCGAACUUUCUUUCACUAUGUUCUCGUCAAAGAGCGGCAAACUGACGCGCAAGGCCUAUGCUGAUAGCCUCUUCGGUAGCAGAUAUGCGCUCGAAAGGCUUCCUGAUGAAAUAUCCAACGAACUGGCUAGCAUACACUCGGUUACGAAUGGAGGUAACUCUGAGAAGCAUGUUCUCGACAUUAUGCGAACAAUGUCAACGGCCGGGAUUGAGAGGCAUGUAGCUCGGCCUCAACUGUUUAUGACGAAAGACUUAUCGUACUGUGGCACGCAGUUUACUCAAACACCGCCAAGCAACGUCAUCAUACUCGAUUAUGAGAACCUGUGCAUAGUAUUCUGCGAUAAGAAUGGGGACAAUGAUGUCUUAAUCAUUACAAUUACCACAGUAAAAAACAUCGAACUAAUCUCUCAGGAUGCAUCGCGCAUAAUUGUAGAGCUUGAGGUUACCGAGCCGCCUCUCAUAUCCUCUAGCCGAGAGGUGCUGGCGAUUCCCGAUACUCACAUUCCAGGAUCGCCACUGAAGACACGGCUUUCUAUUGCCUCGCCGGAUAUAUUUGGACUCAAAGCCGCUCUUGCUGCGCGCGAUCUGGGUAGUAUUUUAAACGACAACAGCACGUUAAUACGACACUCCUCCUUGGCGAGCACCAAGAUAUCCAACGCUAUUUUCAGCGUCCACCUGAAAAAGAAUAGAAAUCCAAGCAACUUACUUAUACUACCCGAUUUUGCAGACGUCAACUUGCCUUCGUCAAGAGAUUCGUCACCGCCAACCCCCACCGAACCCACUGAAUUUGCCGCUCGAGCUGCGCAACCCCGAUCUCUGCUCCAGCGGAUUUCAGCUGUUCCUGACACAGCGAUGCGGGCGAUUGCAACUCCUGAGCUCAAGGAGUCUACCAAUGUAGUUCCUUCAACCCUGCAUCCUACAGCAUCGCCUGGCCUGCGCUCACCUGCUACCGCACCGACUGAAACAUCUACCGCUAAAACUGUGGGACCAGCCCCGACUAGGACCAAACGUGUUGCGGCUGAGAAAUCCCAAAGGGCUACCAAGCUCGCUACAUUGGCAUAUGCGGAUGAAUCGGAACUCACUGACGUUGAUCCGGAAGACACGCCAGAGCACUCUGAAUCUCAGACAACGACAAAUAAUCAGGCUGGCGAUGCCCCCAUUCUACCUACCCCACCUCGCACUCGUGCUCGAGUCCGACAAAUGAAGCCAGUUGGGAAAACGCUAGUUCCUUCCACUCCUACCGCAGAUGAACUCCCAGAGGUGUAUUCGCCUCCAGACCUUCCAUCACCUUCGCCCAGACCGGCAAGGAAACGCAAACUUGUCGGCGACGAUCCUUUCGAACUUCCACCUCUUAGUCUCCAGCGCCCAGCUAAGCAGAAAAAGACGACGAAUGUAAACGUUGUCUCGAGCUCCCAGCGCAUCCAACCGCGCCGCACUACUGCUAUUCGCGCAAGGGUCAAGUAUGGGGCAGUCUCAAAACGGAUGCAAGUAUCGUCGCCUAUCGAGUCGAUACAUUCUGCAGAUACUGAAGCAGGUUCCUCUCCGCACGCGGCUCCUGUUUUUCCGCGAAGGAAGAACCCCAAGGCCACUUUGAUCGAUAAUAAGACCACAGCCCGAAUUCGAAGCCGAUUAGACAAGAGCGAAGAUUGUGGUCUGCCAAAGCGUCAGACGCGAGCCAGUGCUACAAAUGCGAAACUUAAGCUCGUGGAUACUGUCGAAGAGGCCAGGACUUCACAAAACAAGGACGCCGAGCAGUGUGUAACCAAUAACGCCAAGCUCAAGCCAAUAGAAGCAUCGGAGCCACCAAAGCGGAAACGGGGACGUCCACCGAAGAAUAAACUGGCUCAGAAGCCAGUGGAAUUAUUAGAGGCCACAAAGGAGCGAGUCGCCUUGGCUCAACAACCCGAUUCUCAACCCGAAUAUAAGGAUCUUAAUGCUUCAGAUGAGGCCAGACCUACACAUGUCGACGAGAGAGCAGAAAUGAAAUCAAUAUACCAUACUGAUAAUCAGGCCGUAGCUACCUCUGCCCAGGAAGAGAUCCCAGAAAAUGAUGACCUACUCGAACGUCUAUCCCAAGCCGCCAAGAAGGCUCUCAAACCUCUAGCUGUAGAUGACCAGUCUACUGGAAGCAUACGCCACUCGUCGAACCCAAUAAAGACCCCAGAAAUUGGAAUCGAAAUGGAAGACCCAGAUAUGAACCCAGAGGUCGUUGACAUGCCCGUUCGGGAGUCGGAAACUUGCACUCCUGAGGAUACUACAUACCAAACACAGGAUACAACGACUAAACCAGUGGAAAAAGCUAAUAUCCUCCCGACGAAGGAAUUCUCCGAUGCUCCUGUAGAGGAAGAAUCCCCAAGUGUUACUGCCCCCACCAAGCCGAUGGCCUGGCGAGUUGAUAUACACAAGGAUUAUGCGCCGAAAUGCAAGGAUCAUACGAAUGCCAUUGGAGGUUCGACAAGAGCUCUGGUUUCUAGGAACGCCCCGACCGACAGCCUCGACAGUACCCCUGUGGAUGCUACUCGUACUAAUGAAUUUGUAGUUACGCCCGCAAGACCAAUCAUUACUCGAGCCCAAGAGGCGCUCUGCCAACAGGAUGCAACAGCCAUGCCCUUAAAGACUCAUAGUGGGGUCUAUUUGUCGGCUUCUCGGAAACGCGAGUCUCUCAUAUUGCCUGAAACUCCGACUCAGCACCACUAUGAGAAGAUUACGAAGCGCAUACAUCCGGAUAAAAAACAAGCUGCGAUGAAGGGUAGCCCCGUUCAACGAGUGGAAGUACCCCCCGCCAAAUACCAACACCAGACAAAGCUCCCACAGGGGCGUGUCCCUAUGGAUUCUGUCAACUCACAGGCUGGUAUGGAACCUUCCCAAGAAUUUACUUCGCGCCAACCAAAUUCAAGUCCAAUUCGGCGUCCAAGUGUGUUAGCUUCACGACCUUUGCCCACAUCACGACCAAUCAUCAACUCUCAUCUGCACGAAGCUUUGACGUCCGCAAAAAUCAAGCAUGCGGCAAUUACGCGGGUUUUGUUCGAUACCGGCGCUCAGCCCAGCCCCAAGUCGGCGCUGGCGUCUCCGCAAAGGCGAACGCUCGCCAAUGGUACUCGACCAAGUGUAUCGUUCCUGGAUCCCCCAGUACCGCUCUCUCGACGUGGAUCAUCUGGCUCUUCAACUGAAGGAGUCCAAAACUUCAGUGGGUAUCGUAUUGACCGAGAGGGGCUAAGGGGAGGACAUUCUGCACGUUCUGGAGACUCGAUAUUGCAAAUUGCAGAUAAAUUGACAGAAAUUCAGGAGUUGAUUGUGUUGAGCCUUGGGGAGAAAGUCCAGAGGAUUAACGCCGAUGCGCGGAAGGCUCACAUUGAGUUAACCAAGGGUGUUGUUGAAGAGCUCAGCAAAAUGCAAGCCGAGUCGGAGUCUCAUCACGAAAUUUUACAUAAAUUUGAGAGCACAUUUGCCUCACAAACCCAAGUUCUGUUUGAUGGUUUUGGUCGUGUUUCCGAAUUUGACGAUCGCAUCAACAUUGAUAUGAAGAAUAUUCUUACGGCCAACGCCCGCGACGGACAAAGUAUUGCUGGGAGCGCGCUGUAUUUCCAAAUCCCUGAGUUGUUCAGUGCACUCCUUGCAUCGUAG